AGUGUUUUAAGUAUAUUGAGCUGUAACACGCGCUCGCCCGGGAUCCCCGGAAGUAAUCAGCGCAGCUUCCCUGCUCCCCGGUUCGUCUCGUGGACUCGUCUACUUGCUUGUAGUGCAGCGUGUUCUGUUUUGUGUAUCGGCUGGUUCAGUGCCCCCCCUCAUUGCUUACCAUACGGUACCGGGGGUUUUCCAGGUGGCCCCCCUUUCGUCAGCAGUGUGUUCGGUUCUUAAACGCCAAUUUUGGUUCCAUUUCGGACCUUCCGGUUGGGUUGCUGCGUGGUGUUAUCCAACCAUUGCAUUGCGCGCACUACAUUUACAUAAAUUAACUACCGGAAAGGCGGCUGCCUGUGGUUUCGUCGUCGCGGAUCCCCGACAAUUUUAUCGACGCGACCGAGGGUGUCCCGCGGAAUAGAGAUUUUGACUGCAACCUUUGUACACGCGGUGCACACACACGGGAAGCAGUCCCCGGCGGCGGUGGGCGGCGCUGAGAGUGUGGAGUUUUUAUUUGCGUUGAUGACACAAUGACAAAAAGAUUCCGUCUCCUCGAGUGGGACUGAGUGUGUUGGUGGUAAACGGUAAAACCAGCUGCGUGUGCCGUGAACCAUUGUUUUAAUUCUGUUGUGCAUGUUCCGGAGUGCGUGUUGUGCUGUGGCGUCUCCGUGCAAAACUGUCCAACUGCGAGUGACGAAAAAAUGAAUAUCAGAGUGCCGUCGUAUCGGAUCGAAGCAUUACUACAGCCGUUGGGCUCUACCAGCACCGAAUUGUUAUAUAAGUGAACGCACCAGUGAGUCCACUGUGGGCAGCGUAGCGCACUAGAUUUCCGGAGCUUCCAAACGAAUCAGCCCUUUCACACGGAACACCGCGGCUGAGUAGGCUCGGCUGUCGUCAUCGCGAAGAAAGUUGCCUGUAAACAAAACAAGUCUGACGCAAUCAAGCGCAUGUGUUGUGUACAUGUGUGUGUAGUGUGUCUCGCAGGGUUAUCAUUGAAAUAAGCAAAUUAAAGGACAAUCGGGCGGCAGUUGUGAUCAGAAAUCAUCGUUGGUCGCAGCAUCAUUGCAUCACUAUUAUGUACACAAUGAAACCGAUUCCGGUGCAACAGUUGCCGACGCAACAGCAACAGCAGCAGGCAGCGGUGCAGAGGCAACCAAAAACGACUGCGAUCACGGAUGACUAUGAAAUUUCCAACACCGUGCUCGGGCUCGGCAUCAACGGGAAGGUGGUGCAGUGUAUGAGCAAAAAAACGGGAGAAAAAUACGCACUGAAGGUGCUCCAUGACAAUGCCAAGGCCAGACGCGAGGUGGAGCUGCACUGGAGGGCAAGCGGCUGUCGGAACAUUGUGAAUAUCAUGGACGUGUACGAGAACAGCUACAGCGGCAAUCGAUGCUUGCUCGUCGUUAUGGAAUGUAUGGAAGGUGGUGAACUCUUUCAGCGGAUCCAGGAUCGACAGGACGGUCCGUUCACCGAACGAGAAGCCGCCCAAGUCAUGCAUGAAAUCUGUGUCGCUGUCAAGUACUUGCACGAUUCCAACAUCGCACACCGUGAUCUCAAGCCGGAAAACCUGCUCUACACAUCGCCCCACCCGAACGCCAUACUGAAACUGACCGAUUUUGGGUUCUCGAAGGAAACGUUCAUCAAGGACACGCUGCAAACGCCCUGCUACACGCCGUACUACGUGGCGCCGGAGGUGUUGGGACCGGAGAAGUAUGACAAGAGCUGUGAUAUUUGGUCGUUAGGCGUGAUUAUGUACAUCCUGCUGUGCGGCUUUCCACCGUUCUACAGCAACCACGGGCUGGCCAUUUCGCCCGGCAUGAAGGCACGCAUUCGCACCGGCCAGUACGACUUUCCGAACCCCGAGUGGAAGAACGUUAGUCAGGCGGCGAAGGAUCUCAUCCGCGGAAUGCUCAACGUGGAACCGGAAAAGCGGCUCACGAUCGAGCAGGUGAUGAUGAACCCGUGGAUUCGGCGAUACACGGAGGUACCACAAACGCCACUGCACACGGGCCGGAUGCUGAAGGAAGGUGAAGAGAUAUGGCCCGAGGUGCAGGAAGAGAUGACCCGGUCGCUGGCCAACAUGCGUGUGGAUUAUGAGAUGCACAUUAAGAAUCUGGACAGUUCCAACAAUGCGCUGCUGAACAAGCGACGAAAGCGUGGCGAGGACAAGGCUACCCCAACCAACAGUAAGUAACCUCUCUUCCCGUCGUCGUCAUGUGGGUUCGCGUCCGUCCGUCUCGUCGGUCAACGGUGCAGACAUCAGUGGCUCCCGUUAGUGUCUGUCGUAAAAUGAUGUCCCCUUUAGCGUAAGCGUUGUACGGGUUUAAGAGGGAACGAUAAGGUGGACCCACUUUGGAUGCAUUUCUCGCAAACCUUGGCACAAAACUCGGUGUGGCGAGAAGCGGCCAAUCCCAAACCUGCAAUCGUUAUGGAUUUUAUUGGCAAACUUCAUUUUAAUCAACUUGUUAUCACCAUCACGCCUGAUUGUGAAGGUAGGUGAUUAGAGCUUAGGAACGUACGGAGCGUACUGCUAAGAAAGGAUGUUAACCCCACACCGAACCGAGUGAGUGAGUGAGCUAAACUGGAACUAGGAAUCCAUCACAAAUAGGGUGUUUGUGUUUUUAAAGUGGUGCGCCGGCAAGCAUUAACAUAGUUUCAGUCAAUUAACACACACCCAAGUUGGCCCACAAACCACAGCACAGUCCCGGUUUUAUUUUCGCAAACAACGGCGCCCAAGGUUCUGUUCUGCGAGUGCACACUGCCGCCGGCAUCACACGCAUGGAAGGGGAAGUCAAUUAGGAACGCUUUACCACCGGUGCAUCACCGACACGCGACCCGUGUGUCUAGUUGAGCUGGUUAAUGCAAGCAAAAAAGAAAUAUUAAUAAGGCUAAAAUUAAGCAACAAAAGUGGCUUUCGUUACUCUGCGCAUUUGUGCGGCCAAGAGUUGUUGAAUUGUUAGAAAUUCGCGUUCAUAUUGAUGUGUAACCUGGCGUAACUUAACGUGACAGAGAGAGGCCCCCGCCCGUAAGCGUAAUGGUAACGUGUAAGACUUUUGUGACCCACAGCGGUCGCUGCAGGUUGUGCGCGCGUUCGUUCCGCGUUGAACACGUAGUUUUUACUAUUAAUUCGAUUGCACUAAAUAAAAUUGUACACAUGAUCAACACAAGGUGGCCGGAAUUCAUGAAGCAGCACUGCACCCCCAAGGAUAUGCUGUUGGACUACAAAUGGCAACGGGUUCGUGUGCCGAAGUUAACUCCUUCCUCCUCGACAAAAACAUUCCGUCUGCUCCCUUACAUUAUCGGUACUGUUCAAGCUGUGCGGUCCGAUGGGUUGUGGGAUUAAGGCCUAGAAACAUGUUAUCGUUCGUUCCAUAAGAGCUUUCGGAUCGUAAGAUCGUUUGGAUGCUUGCACGCACGGCGCUUAAGAUGGAAACUACACAGUGUGCGAUAACGGGAUUUUAUUUUGUAAACAUAAAAUGCAGUCAUAUCUACUAGUUAGUGACACAGAGGUUGAAAACUAAGUUCUUCCUCUUUCAAAAGCUUUCAAUUUUAUGCAAAUCGGAUGGCAGAUUACAAAGUUAUGCGCGGUACGUGUGUCAUUAUGGCCAAUUUGAGUUUAGGAACGAGAAAAUAGACGGUAACUCAUCGGGCGACUUGACUUGACUAGUGAUUUGAGUAGUGACCACACGAAAACCUCUUCCCAUGCACUCAUCAUCAUAAAAUGGAAACAAAUUAUAGGGCUCAGUACUCUUUCUUCCUUUUCUACUUUUUAACAAACGAUUCUACUGACACUUAAACGCCCAUAACCCCUCAUCCGGUUUGCAUGAAAUUGGGUGCAUUUUAAAGAGAAAGAACGUUACUAAUAGAACGUUGGCAGCAUUUUAUAGUUUUUAAAAAUAAAAUCUCGCUAUUCGAAAAACUCAUUUGUGUAGCCAAAAUAGGAGGGCGGCCAUCGCCGAUCCGGAGAUGCGUUCUUUACCGUUAGUUCGUGAGUCUUGAACGGUCUUUUAAACGCCUCACUUCCUGUGCCGUACCUUAUCUCCUGUUUCUGGUCUGCAGCGUCUUUGACGAGUGGAGCGAGAAAGCGGCCUCCUCUCCUCUAAUCUUUCUAGACAUUUUUGUUACUUUGGAAAUGUAAAGCAACGCAAAUCCAACAUACACAUGAGCAUGUAAGCGGUUAAGGUUAAAACUAUAUAAGCUACAACAAAAACGACAACGAACGGUAAGGAACGGGCACGCGAUGAGAUUCCCUGUUCUCCGAAGGGAAAGUUAAGACGAAGCAAAAAAACACUCAGUGAACCGGGGAAAAUGUAUCCAUUUCCUAUAUAUUUAUAUACGCGCUUGCUUUUAUUUUGUCAUCAAUAAAAAAUAUAAUAUGUUCAUGUAUG